AUGGCAAACCUGCAACUCAUCUUCGGCGGAGCGACCUUCCUCGAUGAUAUUGGCCGACCCUCUCUUGAAAGCGUGAAGAACAUGCUCGACAAGCUGCAGGAACAUGAUGUCAAAAGCAUCGACACUGCGACCAUCUAUGACAAGUCUGAGGAGCUUCUAGGCCAGGCGCAUGCUGCACAUCGCUUCGCCAUCGGCACCAAGUACCCUGGUGGAUUUCUUCCCCAGCCAGGUACCAAGGACACUCUUCUGGCUUCCGCGGCAGACAGUCUAGCCAAGCUCCAGACUGGCCAGGUUGACAUCUAUUACAUCCACGCACCUGACCGGAGGGCCUCCCUGGAAAAUCUGCUUGAUGGGAUGAAUGAUCUGCACCGGGACGGGAAGAUCAAGCGAUUUGGCAUCUCUAAUUUUCUGGUGGCAGAAGUCGAAGAGGUGAUGCGCAUCUGUAAGGAGAAGGGCUAUGUGCUUCCCUCGGCCUACCAAGGCAAUUACUCUGCCCUUGCUAGGCACGCGGAGACCGAACUUCUCCCCACCCUUCGGAAGCAUAAUAUAGCAUUCUAUGCAUACUCGCCGAUUGCCGGUGGAUUUCUGACCAAGGAUGUUGAGGAGUUGCGUGCAGGAGGUCAGGGACGCUGGGAUCCCACCAGUGUAUUUGGGGGCUUUUAUAACGCUCUAUACAACAAGCCUGUGAUGCGGGAAGGGUUGAGCCUGUGGGCGGAUAUCUCAAGCAAAUCGGGUAUUCCCAAGGCAGAACUGGCGUAUCGAUGGGUGGUGUAUAACUCGUCGCUAAGGGGUGAACUUGGAGAUGCCAUUAUCUUCGGCCCACGCACCCCGGAGCAGCUCACACAGACUCUUGAUGGGCUCAAGAAUGGUCCCUUGAGCGCCGCUGUGGUGGCACAAGUCGAGGAAGUGUGGAAGCUUGUUGAGACCGUGUCUCCUCUGGACAAUUAUAACAAUGAGGUGAUGGGCAUG